GAUGCGGCCGACCUCCAGCCAAUGAGCGCCGGCCUCGCCUCACGCCCCGCCCCGCGCGCCGUGGCCGUUUGAAGUGACUAAUUUCUGUCAUAUGACUGAGGCGCCCAUGGGGGUGGCGGGGCGGCUGUAGGAGCGGGGGCCUAGCAAGAGCCCAGCGGAGCGACCCCUGCCUGGCCGUGGCUACCAUGGCCCCUACGCUGUUCCAGAAGCUCUUCAGCAAGAGGAGCGGGCUGGGCGCGCCCGGCCGCGACCCCCGGGACCCAGAUUGCGGGUUCAGUUGGCCUUUACCAGAGUUUGAUCCAAGCCAGAUUCGACUGAUUGUAUAUCAAGACUGUGAAAGACGAGGGAGAAAUGUCUUGUUUGACUCCAGUGUUAAGAGAAAAAAUGAGGACAUAUCAGUAUCGAAACUCUGCAGUGAUGCUCAAGUUAAAGUCUUUGGGAAAUGCUGCCAACUGAAACCUGGAGGAGACAGUUCUUCCUCUUUAGAUAGUUCUGUGACUUCAUCUUCUGAUAUAAAAGAUCAGUGUCUUAAGUACCAGGGUUCGCGGUGUUCUUCUGAUGCCAAUAUGCUUGGAGAGAUGAUGUUUGGCUCAGUAGCAAUGAGCUACAAAGGAUCCACCUUAAAAAUUCAUCAGAUUCGGUCCCCUCCACAGCUCAUGCUCAGCAAAGUGUUUACUGCACGGACUGGCAGCAGUAUUUGUGGAAGUCUCAAUACGCUACAAGAUAGUCUUGAAUUCAUCAAUCAGGACAACAAUACAUUAAAGGCUGAUAAUAAUACAGUUAUUAACGGACUGCUUGGAAAUAUAGGUCUUUCACAGUUCUGCAGCCCCAGGCGGGCAUUCUCUGAGCAGGGUCCGCUCCGCCUGAUCAGGAGCGCCUCUUUCUUUGCAGUUCACAGCAACCCAAUGGACAUGCCUGGAAGAGAGCUGAAUGAGGACAGAGACAGUGGCAUAGCACGGUCUGCAUCUCUCAGCAGCUUGCUGAUCACUCCAUUUCCUUCUCCAAACUCCUCACUUACACGAAGUUGUGCCAGCAGCUACCAGCGACGUUGGCGACGCAGCCAAACAACAAGUUUGGAAAAUGGAGUAUUUCCUAGAUGGUCUAUAGAAGAAAGCUUUAAUCUCUCAGAUGAAAGCUGUGGCCCUAACCCAGGAAUUGUGAGGAAAAAGAAGAUUGCAAUUGGGGUAAUCUUUUCAUUAUCCAAAGAUGAAGAUGAAAAUAACAAAUUUAAUGAAUUCUUUUUUUCACAUUUUCCUCUCUUUGAAAGCCACAUGAACAAAUUAAAGAGUGCAAUAGAACAGGCUAUGAAAAUGAGCCGGAGAUCAGCUGAUGCCAGUCAGAGGAGUUUGGCAUAUAAUCGAAUAGUUGAUGCCCUAAAUGAAUUCAGAACAACAAUUUGUAAUCUUUACACAAUGCCACGAAUUGGAGAACCUGUCUGGCUUACAAUGAUGUCGGGGACUCCAGAAAAGAACCACCUUUGCCAUCGUUUCAUGAAGGAGUUCACUUUUCUAAUGGAAAAUGCUUCCAAAAAUCAAUUCUUGCCAGCUCUCAUUACUGCGGUUCUGACCAAUCAUCUUGCCUGGGUUCCAACAGUCAUGCCAAAUGGACAACCACCUAUAAAAAUAUUUUUAGAAAAGCAUUCCUCUCAGAGUGUGGACAUGUUGGCAAAGACUCAUCCAUAUAACCCACUUUGGGCACAAUUGGGAGACUUGUACGGUGCUAUUGGCUCUCCUGUACGGUUAGCAAGGACUGUGGUGGUUGGCAAACGACAAGACAUGGUCCAGAGGCUACUUUAUUUUCUUACUUAUUUUAUAAGAUGCUCUGAACUUCAAGAAACACAUCUUUUAGAAAAUGGAGAAGAUGAAGCCAUUGUUAUGCCAGGCACAGUUAUUACUACCACUUUAGAGAAAGGUGAAAUAGAAGAAUCGGAGUAUGUCCUUGUCACAAUGCAUAGAAACAAAAGCAGUUUGCUCUUUAAAGAAUCAGAAGAAGUAAGAACUCCUAAUUGUAACUGUAAAUAUUGCAGUCGUCCACUCCUUGGGCAAAAUGUAGAGAACAUUUCUCAACAAGAGAGAGAAGAUAUUCAAAACAGCUCUAAGGAGCUUUUAGGAAUUUCAGAUGAGUGCCAGAUGAUUUCUCCUUCUAACUGCCAAGAAGAAAAUGCUGUUGAUGUUAAACAGUACAGAGAUAAAUUAAGAACUUGCCUUGACACCAAGUUAGAGGCAGUUGUUUGCACAGGAUCUGUUCCAGUAGACAAAUGUUCAUUGUCAGAGUCAGGCUUAGAGCCAACAGAGGAAACAUGGCAGAGUGAGAAGUUGCUGGAUUCAGAUAGUCACACAAGCAAAGCAAUGAGAUCCACAGGAAUGGUUGUGGAAAAAAAACCUCCAGAUAAGAUUGUGUCUGCUUCAUUUUCUUGUGAGGCUGCCCCUACAAAGGUUACUUUCCUGAUUGGGGAUUCUAUGUCACCUGAUUCAGAUACUGAGCUUCGAAGUCAGGCAGUGGUGGAUCAGAUUACCAGGCAUCACACCAAACCACUGAAGGAAGAAAGAGGGGCUAUUGAUCAGCAUCAAGAAACUAAACAAACAACUAAGGACCAAUCUGGAGAGUCUGAUACACAGAACAUGGUUUCUGAAGAGCCCUGCGAACUUCCCUGUUGGAAUCAUUCAGACCCAGAAAGCAUGAGCUUAUUUGAUGAAUAUUUUAAUGAUGAUUCAAUUGAAACCAGGACUAUUGAUGAUGUUCCCGUUAAAACAAGUACAGAUAGUAAAGACCAUUGCUGUAUGUUAGAGUUUUCAAAAAUAUUGUGUACAAAAAAUAACAAACAGAACAAUGAAUUUUGUAAAUGUAUACAAGCAGUUCCCCAAGAUUCAUGUAAAACCUGCUUUCCUCAGCAGGACCAAAGAGAUACACUCUCCAUUCUUGUCCCCCAUGGGGAUAAAGAGAGUUCAGACAAAAAAAUUGCUGUAGGAACUGAAUGGGACAUUCCAAGAAAUGAAAGUUCAGAUAGUGCCCUUGGGGAUAGUGAAAGUGAAGAUACAGGUCAUGAUAUGACUAGACAAGUUAGCAGUUAUUAUGGAGGAGAGCAAGAAGACUGGGCAGAAGAGGAUGAAAUACCGUUUCCUGGGUCGAAGUUAAUUGAAGUGAGUGCUGUUCAGCCCAACAUUGCCAAUUUUGGGAGGUCCUUGCUGGGUGGCUACUGCUCAUCUUAUGUGCCUGACUUUGUUCUUCAAGGAAUUGGAAGUGAUGAGAGGUUCCGUCAGUGUCUGAUGUCAGAUUUGUCUCAUGCUGUGCAGCAUCCAGUGUUGGAUGAACCAAUAGCAGAAGCUGUCUGUAUUAUAGCUGACAUGGAUAAAUGGACUGUUCAAGUGGCCAGUAGCCAGAGACGAGUAACAGAUAAUAAAUUGGGAAAGGAAGUAUUGGUUUCCAGUCUUGUUUCCAACCUGCUUCAUUCCACACUUCAGCUUUAUAAGCAUAACUUGUCUCCAAAUUUUUGUGUAAUGCAUCUUGAAGACCGGUUGCAGGAGCUAUACUUCAAAAGUAAAAUGCUGUCUGAAUACCUGAGGGGGCAGAUGCGUGUUCAUGUCAAGGAGCUGGGAGUGGUUCUGGGGAUUGAAUCCAGUGAUCUUCCACUUCUGGCUGCUGUAGCAAGCACUCACUCUCCAUAUGUUGCACAAAUACUCCUUUAGUAUGCCUAAAGAUUGUUAGAAAUUGGUGGGAAGUUAAGUAGAAACCAAGGAAGCAGACACAACAUGCAUUUGUGGAGAUUCUUUUUCCCUCUUAGACUUUCUUCUGAAUGAGUCAGUCACCAGGGUAUCCUGCACAGCAUUGUGUAUUCUGUAUAUGUCAGAUGGCUUUUUCUUUUUGACUGGACUUUUGGGUGGUGGUAGAUUUUUAAACAAAUUAGAGCAACGUUAAUAAUUUUGAAGCAUUCGAAAAAGCCAAAAUGUAUGGUAGAAAUUUCUACAAAAUGAAUAUUAUCAGGAGUUUCAUGUGAUCACUGCAGUGUUGUCACAACUCAUAAAUAGCAACAGUGUCUCAUGAUUUAAUGGCUCAGAAAGUCAUUUUGUUAGUUUUUAAUUUUCAAUUUCUAAGGUACAGAAAUCUCUAAAACCUUGAUUAUUUGUUAUUUUGUUUUGCAAUUCAAAACAGCUAAUUUCUGGUUAUUUCUCCAAGUAUUUUAAACAGCCUGUUAAUUAUAACAAACUUAGAAUAAUGAGUGUAAAUGUGUUAUGUUAUCCACCCAAGUGUACAUAUAUACCUAUUUU